AUGAAAUUUCAGCUAAGAGGCUUACUCGACAAUCUAUUCAACGUGAUUGGUAACUUGAAAGUUCUGCGACCAGGAAGAAUGAUCUUUCAGAGUGACGACAAUACUAAAGUAUUGGAAGAUUACAAGGCACUUUUCGUCUACGACCCUUUCCAAGUUUGUUCACUUUCGGUAAUGAGAGCCGAUGGAUAUACUAAAUCCAUGAAAUCUUUGAGAACUCCUGUUGAUUUGCUGCAGAGUACGACGCCACUUGACAAGACGUCAUCUGUAAACAACGGGAAUACCCAUGAUCAGAAGCUUGAUACAAGACCAGUACUAAGAAACAAUACGGAUCGCUACUGGAUGCUUAGAAAAAAGGAGAAAACACUAUUGCAAUUGAAGAAUCAGAGCGAUGUGGUAUGGCAGAUGGCAAAGCAAAACCGCUCUUAUAUAAAAUGCUCGAUGGCUUUGUAG